ACCGGAGAUUUUUCCCUACCAACAAAAUCACGGUUAUUUCCAAUUCCGCAGUGGGGCCUCGCUUUCUUCUUCACAGUUUAUGUACAGCUAUUGCUGCCCCCACUCAUUCAUGGCUGCCCCAACCCUCUUCCCUUCCCCUUAAAUAUUCUUUCUUUUCUCCUUCUACCUUGACCUCCAAGUCUUCUUCUUCCUCACACAUCACUAUAUUCUCACUUUCUUUUGUUUUGUUAAGCUGCAUUAUUCCCCAAUUUCAUUAAAUUGAGGUUGGAGCUAGGUCGAAAUGAGGGGACGUUUGCACAUUUUUGGUUCAAUUCUGCUUCUGGUGAUUUUGUGUAUACAUGAAUCAUCUGGCAACUUUUUGGGUGAUUCCAAAAGUUCUGCUCUGGCAGAAAGAAGGGCGGAUUUACUUUUACCCCAAAUUUCCCCAAAUGCUGCUCCUCAGCCGCUCCUUCCUCUUCUUGCCCCAUCUCCAUUAACACCAUUCACAAAUAUUAGUAUAAUCCCCAAAUUAUCUGGAACUUGUGUGCUGAACUUUACGGCACUAUCAAACAUGAUGAUGGUGACAUCAACCGAUUGUAUGGCUGCAUUCGCACCAGUUUUGGCAAACGUAGUGUGCUGUCCUCAAGUGGAGGCUACAUUAGUGAUUCUCAUUGGCCAAUCUAGUAAAUAUACCAAUACGCUAGCUUUAAACGGAACACUUGCUGCACAUUGCCUUUCAGAUUUUCAACAGAUUUUGGUGGGUCAGGGAGCCAACGAUAGUUUAUCCAAGAUUUGCUCGAUUCAUUCAUCGCAUCUUACUGGAGGUUCUUGCCCAGUUAGCGAUGUUUCCGAGUUUGAGAGCACUGUAGAAACAUCUAACCUUCUAGCUGCCUGUGGGAAGGUUGAUUCUGUGAAUGAAUGCUGCCAGCAAGUUUGUCAGAAUGCUAUUCUCGAUGCUGCUAGGAAGCUAGCCGAAAAAGCUUACAGCCUUCUAAGCCUAGACGGUUCUCAUGUUCUCUCUGAUCAUACUAGGAUUAAUGACUGCAAAAGUAUUGUACUGCGAUGGCUUGGAAGUAAACUCGAGCCUUCUCGUGCAAAAGAAGUUCUUCGAGGAAUAUCUAAUUGCAAAAUUAACAAAGUAUGUCCUCUGAAAUUCCCAAACAUGAGCCGUGUCAUAGAAGGGUGUGGUGCUGGAAAGAGUAAUCAGACAGCUUGUUGCAGUUCAGUUGAGAGCUAUGUCUCUCACCUGCAAAGGCAGAGCUUCGUCACAAACUUGCAAGCCUUAAAUUGUGCUGCGGCACUUGGAGUAAGGUUACGGAAAGCAAACAUUACCGAGAACGUCUACAGCCAAUGUCAUAUUAGCCUCAAAGACUUCUCCCUCCAAGUUGGCGUUCAAGAAUCCGGAUGCCUUCUUCCCAGCUUGCCAUCGGAUGUAGUAUUCGACCAGUCUGCAGGGGUCAGCUUUCUAUGUGAUUUGAACGAUAACAUUCCCGCUCCUUGGCCUACAACCACACAGCUGCCAGCUUCGUCGUGCAACAAAACCGUCAAAAUUCCUGCCCUUCCUGCAGUGGCUUCUGGGCAAAAAAACUUUCAGCAAACGGGAUCAAACUAUGCAGCGUCUUUGGUGGCCAACGUUGCCCUCUUGAUUCUGAUAUAGAUCCUACUAGAACAAGUUGUGCUUUAGUAGAUGAGAAGCUAACUCUCAAUCCGAACCAAUGAGGAGGCUAAGGCGAAAAUGCUGAAACUCGAGCCAAGGAAGUGUACCUCCAGCUAGGUUCAGACCGACCCUCAGUUGAAAAUUGACUCAGAGGUUAAAAUUUAUUACAGUUACCAUUUGUAUAUCUUGUGUGCUAGUCUAAUAAAUUUUAUUUGUAAAGAAGCUCCAAAGGAUGACCAAAUACUUCUUGAUUGCAUUGUGGCUGCUGUGUAUAUCAGUUUGGAAUGAAUUUUGUUGCCGUUUA